AUGGAGCACAUGGAGCAACGGCUAAUCGCUUGGGUAGAAGAACAGAAUGAGAACAAUGUCAGCAUUACUAACUCAGUCGUCAAAGAGAUGGCCAAGCAAUUGUACGAGGACUUACGAAAAAGCAGCGCCUACAUUGAUGUCAAACCAUUCAGCGCUAGUUGUGGAUGGUUCGAUAGGUUUAAGCGGAGACAUGGUUUGACUAGUUUUAGUAAGUCUAAGACAGUUGACGAAAACUCUGAUACCGUGUCUCGCUCAUCAAUUAUGGGUCACAUGGAGCAACGGCUGAUCAGCUGGUUGGAAGAACAGAAUGAGAACAAUGUCAGGGUUACUAACUCAACCGUGAAGGACAUGGCCAAGCAAUUGUAUGAGGACUUACAAAAAAGCAACCCCGAUGUUGAUGCAAAACCAUUCAAUGCUAGUUGUGGAUGGUUCGACAGGUUUAAGCGGAGACAUGGUUUUACUAGUUUUACUAAUAAGUCUAAAACAGUUGACGAAAACUGCACUCUUGACAAUUUUAUGGAUGCCUUCAGGGCUCUUAUUAAUGAAAACAGCUACAGUCCCAAACAGGUGUUUAACCUGCAAGAGACUGAAUUAUUCUGGAAACGGAUGCCAAGUAAAAUGUUUCUGUCUACUGACCAGGAGUCUGGCAUCAAGUCACAGAAUGACCAUUGCACACUUCUGCUGGGUGGAAACGCUGCGGGAGACUACAGAAUCAAACCAUUAUUGGUUUGUCAUACAGAUGCCCCAACGGUACUUUUGGGAUCUUCUGAAGCUCACCUACCUGUUAUCUGGCGUUCUAGCAAUACUGGAUUUAUCACUGCUAAGAUUUUUGGAGAUUAUUUUGUGUCCCAGCUUCAUCAGGAAUUGAAGGCAUACUGCGAGAACGAAGGCUUGCCAUUCAAGAUUCUUCUUCUCCUUGAUAUGGAUUUGGCAUACCCUCCCAACCUUGUGGACCUUAGCAACAAUAUCAGAGUGUUGUUUCUGCCCACAAAGAUCCCUGCAUCGAUCCAGCCCAUGGACCAGGGUGUAAUUACCAUGUUUAAAUCCUGUUACUUUCAUCAGCUCUUCACGAAGCUUAUAUCAGGCACUGAAGUGAAAGGGGAGUCCUUCGCCACUGAUUUUUUGAAUAGUUUUGACCUAAAAAUGGCCAUUGAUGUAAUAGCCGAGGCUUGGACACAGCUGAGUGAGCAGGUCAUGCGUGAGGCCUGGAGACAAAUUUGGCCUGAGAUCCUUGAAGACUCUGAGAACUAUCUGAUAAAUGGGGACAUUAACGGUGUGAGGCUGUCCAUACUUGAUAUGGCUAAGGCUGCUGGCUUCACAGAAGUAGACGAAAGAGACGUAGAAGAUCUAAUAGAAUCACACAGCUUUGAAAGAAGUAAUGAUAAUUCUCAAGAGAUCAAGAUAGAACAUGAAGAAACAGGGGAUUCUACUUCUGGCAGUGAUCAGCAGAUCAAGGAGGAACAUCAAAUAGGGACAUGGAAUUCUGCUUCUGACAGUGAUCAGCAGAUCAAGGAGGAACAUCAAAUAAGGAUAGGGAAUUCUGCUUCUAACAAUGAAUCUGUGAGAACUCUGUCAACUGAGACUUUGUUUCAGAUAUGUCAUCUAGGGGAUCAGAUGAUAUCUCUGAUUGACGAGAACGACCCGGACCGAGAGAGGAGUUCUCAAGUAGCCAUACACUUUCAGAAUGUGUUAGCUUGCUAUAGGGAACUUUACAGAGAGAAAAUUGAACAUGCAGAUCAUAUCUCUGCAAACACAUUCUCCAUCAAAUAUGAAUAG